CCCAAUUCCCUCCAAUCCAAUUUUCUAAAAAAGUUCACAUUUCUCGAGGUCACCCGAUGGAGAAAACCCUAAUUAAACUUACACUAGCCGACUAAAUUUCCCCAAACUCGCGACUAUACUCCGCCUCUUCUAAAGGGUCAAGGAAAUGACUUCAUAUUAGAUUUUGUACGAGAAGAGCGUUGGUUUUGGUUGGAUUGGAAGUUUUCAUACAUUUUGAAGGACAUUGAGGAACGGGUUUUUUUUUUUUUAAAGAAAAAGUGAUAUGGGGACGCCGGUUUCUGACGGGUUGGUGUCGAAGAGGUCGUUGAGGAAGAAAUCUGGACAGAAGAACUAUGAUGAGAAUUUAAUGGACGAGUUCAUAGAGAAGCACGUAGGUGCCGCGUUUAGGAAGAUUAGAACAAAGGAGGAGCUGGAGAAAGAGACUGAAAUUGAGGCAAUGAUAGCAUUAUCUUUGGGAUUCCCUAUUGACGCGCUAAUUGAGGAUGAAAUUAAAGCUGGGGUGGUAAGAGAGUUAGGUGGAAAAGAGCAAAAUGAUUAUAUUGUUGUUAGGAACCAUAUUCUUUCUCGGUGGAGGAGUAAUGUACGGGUAUGGCUAACUAAGGGACAUAUAAAAGAAACUGUGAGCAAUGAAUAUAUACAUUUGUUAUCUGCAGCUUAUGAUUUUCUUCUCUACAAUGGGUAUAUUAAUUUUGGAGUUUCACCAUCGUUUUCCUCUUACCUCCCAGAGGAGGCAACUGAGGGUUCCGUGAUAAUAGUUGGAGCUGGACUUGCUGGCUUGGCAGCAGCAAGGCAACUUUUAUCUUUUGGUUUCAAGGUAGUUGUCAUAGAAGGGAGGAAUCGACCUGGGGGUAGAGUUUAUACUCAACAGAUGGGUAAGAAGGAUAAACAUGCUGCAGUGGAUCUUGGUGGUAGUGUAAUCACCGGCAUCCAUGCCAAUCCUCUUGGAGUUCUAGCCAGGCAACUUUCUAUUCCGCUUCAUAAGGUCCGAGAUAAUUGCCCUUUAUAUAAACCUGAUGGGGUGCCUGUCAAGAAGGAAGUUGAUUCCAGGAUUGAAACGAUCUUUAACAAGAUGCUUGACAAAGUUAAUGAACUGAGAAAAAUAAUGGGUGGAUUUGCGAAUUAUAUUUCUCUAGGAUCAGUUCUGGAAAAGCUCAGACAGUUGUAUGCUGUGGCUAGAAGUCCGGAGGAGAGGCAAUUUUUGGAAUGGCAUCUUGCUAAUUUGGAAUAUGCAAAUGCAGGAUGUCUUUCAGACUUGUCUGCUGCCUACUGGGACCAGGAUGAUCCUUAUGAGAUGGGUGGAGACCAUUGUUUUCUUGCUGGAGGGAAUUGGAGAUUGAUAAAAGCAUUAUCUGAUGGAGUCCCCAUAAUCUAUGGGAAAACAGUUGAUGCUAUUAGAUAUGGUGUUGAAGGAGUUGAGGUUGUUGCUGGUAAUCAAGUAUUCCAGGCAGAUAUGGUUCUUUGCACUGUGCCUCUUGGAGUAUUAAAAAGAAAGACCAUUAGAUUUGAACCGGAGUUACCACAAAGAAAGCUAGCUGCGAUUGACAGAUUGGGUUUUGGACUCCUGAAUAAAGUUGCCAUGAUUUUCCCUCAUGUUUUCUGGGGAGAAGAGCUAGACACGUUUGGAUGUCUGAACGAAACUAGUGAUAACCGUGGAGAGUUCUUUUUAUUCUACAGCUACCAUACCGUUUCUGGAGGUCCAGUGUUGAUUGCUCUGGUGGCUGGUGAAGCUGCACAAACAUUUGAACGCACAGAUCCUUCAAUCUUGCUCCAUCGUGUUCUAAGCAAACUUAGAGCUAUUUAUUGUCCAAAAGGUGUAGAUGUGCCUGACCCUAUACAGACAAUUUGUACAAGAUGGGGAAAUGAUCCCCUUUCAUAUGGUUCAUACUCUCAUGUUAGGGUACAGUCAUCCGGCAGGGAUUAUGAUAUACUUGCAGAAAGUGUAGGCAAUAGGAUGUUUUUUGCUGGUGAAGCGACAACUCGACAAUAUCCAGCCACCAUGCAUGGUGCCUAUUUGAGUGGGUUAAGGGAAGCUUCACGUAUUCUCCGUGCUACAAGAGGUCGCCAAAGCUACUUUAGGAGGUCUGUGCAGCGGAAUGUUGGACCAAGCAGUGAUCAAUUGGCGGAUCUUUUCAAGUGGCCUGAUCUAGUAUGUGGGAAGUUCUCAUUUGUGUUCGAUCCAUUAACAGAUGACCCUAAAUCAAUGGGACUCUUGAGAAUUACUUUUGAUAAUUGCAAAGAUGAUACGAAUAAGGUGCUGGAAAAUAGCUGUGACCCUCCAUCAAAUCAACCAUUGCAGCUGUACACGACCCUAUCUCGUGAACAAGCACUUGAGCUACAGACAGUAACUGGAGAAGAAGAAACUAAAUUGGUUUAUUUGAUGAAUAGUUUUGGAUUAAAGCUUAUGGGAGCUUAUACUGUUGGAAACGCAUAUAACUCCUUGGUUACUAGCAUAUCCAAUGCAAGAAGAGGUAGGGGAGGCAGAUAUCGUAUAUCUGCUCCAUUGCUAAAUACGGUCUGAAUGAGCUAUCGGUGUCAUUUCUUUUUAGUUUUAUGUACUCUUUUGUUAGAAUGGAAUCUGGACGCAUAGUAGUGCUCCAUGAGUGGAAUGAAAAGAAUGUCUUCUCUGGUGCAUGUACAUAAAUCUAAUCAGGUAGAUUAUUCUUCAUUGACAUCUUCUAGAGUAAAUGCCGUCAUCAGGAUUUCGAAUGUCGUAAAUUCUUUCUUGGCCAAAUUGGUUGCGAAUUAAGGGAUUUGGUACAUGGUGUUGGUGUUGGUGUAGGUGUAGCAGUAUUCAGUUGUGCUUGUCAUAGUAUUUCCAUAAUCAGAUGCCGUGUUAAAUCUUAGUUUUGUUGUAUCUUGUAUGUUGUAUAGAGUAAAAUUUUCAUCUUUGGUGCC